ACAACACAAACCAAUAAUAAUAUUAAAUAUAUAAGUAAGUAAAAAACAUCAUAACCAGAUACAGAGAGCAAAUACACACAAAAAAAAGACAUUAAAAUCUUAACGUCUGUCAAAUGACAAUCAUCAAUUAACACACCAGCUCCUGUAUGUGAUCGGCAAACAUUAAUUAUUGGUGUGUGAAAAUAAUAAUAAGAGUUUAUUUAAACGAAAAAAAAAAUACAUAAUGGCAGCAGAGAUAAAACCUGCGCCCGGCGUCAGUAAUGACAAAUUUAGUUCAAGUAGAAAACCGAUAUUACUAUCGAAAUUAGAAGGUUGUAAUGAUGAUAUUCAUGCCGCAAUUAUUAUACCCAAAGAAGAAGGGGUUAUCAGUGUCUGCGAUGACAGAACUGUCAGAGUUUGGUUAAAACGUGACUCAGGGCAAUACUGGCCAAGUGUUUGUCAAUAUAUGGCCUCUGGUGCAACGGCUAUGGACUAUCAUGUUGAGACGAGGAGAUUAUUUGUUGGAUUGGAAAAUGGUUCUAUUGAUGAAUUUUUAUUGGAGCAGGAUUAUAAUCGUAUGACGGCAAUGAGAGAGUAUGUCGCUCACAGAGCUCGUAUUACAGCCAUUGUAUUUUCAGCGUUACAUGGGUGGGUUAUGAGUGUCAGCAGAGACAAAACGUUUCAAUUACAUUGCUCUGAAACUGGUAAAAGACUGGGUUCUUAUGGGUAUGGUAGUAAACAAACUGUUGAUAACAGUAGUUGGCUCACAACUUUGCAAUUUGAUGAGCAAUCGAAAUAUGCAUUUGUCGGUAAUUAUGAAGGCUCGGUAACGAUGCUAAAGAUUGACAAUACUUCAAUAUCAUUGGUUGCAUUAUUUGCCGCACAUACUGCGAGUAUCAGAUCCCUGGCAUGGGAUCCAGAGAAGCAAUUGUUAUUUUCCGGAAGCUUUGAUCAGACAAUAAGAGUUAUGGAUAUCGGUGGAGGCGAGGGAGUUGGCUAUGAAUUACGCGGGCAUCGCAAUAAAGUAACAGCACUAUGUUACGCGCAUGAUGAGCAUGUGCUAUUUUCUGGUGGAGAAGAUGGUGUUAUUGUUUGUUGGAAUAUGGCUGAGGCAAGGAGAGAAACUGCACCUUGGAAAGAAUCUGAUACCUGCGAGUCUUGCGGGCGACCUUUCUUUUGGAACAUGAGAGCAAUGAUGGAUCAAAGACAGUUGGGAUUGAGACAACAUCAUUGUAGAAAUUGUGGGCGAGCUCUCUGUGCUCAAUGUUCAGCCCAACGUAUUCCUAUUCCUCCAAUGGGUUUUGAAUUUGAAGUACGAGUUUGUGAUCCGUGUCAUACUCAAUUAAAAGCUGCUAACCAAACGGCAAUGGCAUCAUUUCAUGAUGCAAAACACAGCAUUAUGUCCAUGAACCUCGAUAUAUCACGGCGUAAAUUAUUAACAGUUGGUCAGGAUCGUAUUAUUAAAAUAUGGGACAUUUCUGCUCUUCUUCAGUAAAAUAAAUAUUUAUUUAAGUCCUGUGAUUAAUAAAUAAAUAUGUGACAUGAACAUAACAUUUUAUUUGAUCGUUUAAUGAACUACGUCGUCGGCUUCUUACAACUGUGUCCAAUAAGUGAACUAAAACUAAAACCAAUAAUUGCUUUUUUCAUUGAAAAAAAAUAUAUAAAGCCCUCAAUAAAUCAAAGAGUAAAAAUAUAAAUAAAUAUAGAUAUUAUUUAUAGACUAUUUUUAUCAGUACCAAGAUGGGCGAUCUAUGCAACUACGAUCUUUACUUGUGAAAUAAAUUAAAGUCUUAUUGUACUAUUUGUAUAUAUAUAAUACAAAAAACAACUCUGCCGAGGAAUUUGUACUUGUAUGCAGAAACUAUCGAGUCUCAAUGGCGUUAAACAGAAAAAACGUUAGCUAGUUUGUUAAAUUAUUUAUAUGAUUUAUAAAACUAAUUUUUCAAAAAUUUAAUCCUACAUAAAUGGAUUUCUUAGCGCAAGAAAAAUUUUUCAUUAUGAAAUGAAAAUAAAAAUUUUUUUCAUAAUGCGAAAAAUUUUCAUGAGCCAAGAAACCCGUUUUUUUUUGUGUAACUUAUUUUUAUCACACUAAAAAAAUAUUUUUAAAAUCUAACCAAGGAUAAAUGGUGUCUCACUACAGCGAUAUUGCGCUUCCAUAAUAAAUAUUUAUGUAUUAAUAUAAAUAUGAAUGUAUAGUAUUUAGCAGUAUGUAAGAGGAAAGAUUAAAUGAGAUUAAUUAUUAACUAUAAAAUAAAAAAAAACAGCACUGUCGUAUCUACAAAAAAUGCUUAUGUAUCGAAAGUAUACUCUUUCAAAUUAUAUCUAUGUAAAAAAUAUAUGUAAAAUAUUGUAUGAAAUUAUUUUUCGUUGCAUCUAAUCAUUCAUCACUGGUUAA